GCGAAGACUUAUAUCUUAAUAUUCAUGAGAUGAGCAUCCGCCACUGGAUCAACAGCUUAGCGCCAACUAUUAAUGAAUAUUCAUAAGCUUAGACUUCGCCAUUGGAAGAUUACAUGGAAACGCCUCCGCACUCAUCAAUUAUUAUAAAACCUUUGCUGUGUAACUCCGCUGGUAGGGAUUUAUAGUUCUGGCAGACCACGGAUAAACCCAAAUUAGUGCGCACAAGUCUCAGUUUUGGCAGCUAACAGCACACGCUCAAAAAGAAGAAGAAGAAGGAAAAAAAAUGAAAAAUAAAAAAACCGGAUGCAAGGUGUAAGCUCUGCUUCGGCUGUUUCUGCAUCUUAGCUCCAUUCAGCUGUGUCAGAUUUAUUUCACAUUGUUUUAAUUUAAUACGCGCAUUAUGGAGUAUUGGAGGCAGUGCAGCUUGUGGCUGAUCGAUUGUAAAGUUUUGCCCCGGAAUCAUCGGGUCACAGCGGAGUCAGCGCAGGUUUUUGAUUUGGCCCAAACUCUUCGGGAUGGGGUGCUUCUGUGCCAGCUGCUGAACAAUCUCAGACCCGACACCAUUAACCUGAAAGAGAUCAAUCUCAGACCACAGAUGUCACAGUUCCUCUGCUUGAAGAAUAUUCGCACAUUCUUGUCUGCAUGCUGCGAAGAUUUUGGGAUGAAGAAGAGUGAAUUGUUUGAUGCCUUCGAUCUCUUUGAUGUCCGUGAUUUUGGAAAGGUCAUUGACACCCUAUCAAAUCUCUCUCAUACAUCUUUUGCACAGCAGAAAGCCAUCAGGUCAUUUCCCACGGAGGAAAGCACUGAAAAUGAAGACAUGUAUAUCCAUUUGGCAGACCUUAUUGAUGAGGAGCCGGAGGAAGAUAUUUAUGACCCCGUGUACGGAGACGUAGAGGGAGGAGAGGUGUAUGAGGAUCUGAUGAGGACAGAGGCUGCUGCGUCUCAAGCGAAACAGGCCGAGGUGGACAUCAGAAGCUGCUGUCUUUUAGAGAUCAAACAGACAGAAGCCAAAUACACCGAGACCCUGGAGACCAUCGAGAAGUACUUUAUGAUUCCACUGAUAAAAUUCAUCUCAGCACCAGAAAUUGACAAGAUUUUCAUCAAUAUACCAGACCUGGUUAAAAUUCACAAAAGCCUGUUGGCUGAGAUUCAAGACUCUGUUCAGAAUAGAAAUGCAGAAAACCUCCACCAAAUCUUCAUUAUUUACAAAGACAGGCUUCUGCUUUAUGGAAAAUACUGCGGUCAUGUAGAAUCAGCCAUUUCUGUCUUAGACUUCAUCUGUAAGGAAAAAGAAGGCGUUCGCCUGAAACUAGAGGAAUGUUCGAAGAGAGCCAACAAUGGGAAAUUCACUUUGAGAGAUUUACUUGUGGUUCCCAUGCAGCGAGUGCUGAAAUAUCCACUACUGCUUCAGGAAUUGGUGAAGUAUACUAGUGACAACAAAGAAAAGAGCAACCUACGAUUAGCCCUUGAUGCCAUGAGAGACUUAGCCCAGUAUGUAAAUGAGGUGAAAAGAGACGUUGAAACUCUGAGGGAGAUUGAUCAGUAUCAGAGAUCCAUUGAGAAUUUGAACCAGUCCUUACUUUCUUAUGGAAGACCGAAGGGUGAUGGUGAAGUCCGUUUGGUAUCAAAUAUGGACAAGCGCAGACAGGACAGACAUAUUUUUUUGUUCGAUGUUGCUGUAAUCGUCUGCAAGAGGCGCGGGGACAACUAUGAGAUGAAGGACGUAAUCGACCUCAACCAUUUCAAGAUCACCGAUAACCCCACUACUGAUAAGGACUGCAGAAAGUGGUGCUAUGGGUUCUACCUCACUCACCAGCAGGGGCAGAGUGGAUUCGAGUUCCUGUUCAAGACAAAAGAUUUGAAGAAGAAAUGGCUGGACCAGUUUGAAAUGGCCAUAUCUAAUAUUCGGCCUGAGAAUGCCACAUUUAACUCUCACCACUUCAGGAUGCACACUUUUGAGAGGGCCACCAGUUGCAGCUCCUGUCAUAUGCUUCUCAGGGGAAUUUUUAACCAAGGCUACCUUUGUUCUACAUGUGGAAAUGGGGCUCAUAAGGGUUGUCUUGGAAAACUAGGAGUCUGUGGAAGGGCAGGUGCUGCUGUUCAAAAAGCACAGAGAAAGACAACACCUAGGAAAGAAGACGACCCAGGUUUGCCAAAAAUGGUGGUAAUCAGAGACUAUUUUGGGGUUCCCAGUCCUCUGGGCGGACUGCCGCUGAAUGCUCAGAUUGGUGAUGUCAUAGAGGUCACCUGUGCCGAUCCUCACUGCUCCUGGUGGCAGGGCAAAAUCCUGACAACGCAAGAGACCGGCUUCUUUCCAAGUGAUGCAGUCAAGCCCUGCCCAUGUGGACCAAGGACAGGCUGCUAUUCAGCUCAACCCUGGUUCGCUGGGCCCAUGGAGAGGCACCACGCCGAGUGUGAGCUCAUGGAGAGAGAGAACAGUACCUACCUGGUGCGAUACAGGAGCCGGGAGAGCAGAGAGUAUGCUAUCAGCAUCAAAUACAACAAUGACGUAAAGCACAUUAAGAUCCUCACCAGGGAGGGCUGUUUCUACAUUGCUGAAAGCAGGACGUUCAAGACUGUAUUAGGACUGGUUGAGUAUUACAAACAGCACUCUCUGAAAGAGGGUUUCCGUACUCUGGACACCACUCUACAGAUGCCCUAUAAGGAGCCUGGCAGUGGAUUCAGACCUGCUGCUCCAGUGCUGUGUGGGCUUCAUGUUUUGAGUCCCACCAGCUACAGUUUUGUUCCUCCCUCCCCCUCUCCCUUCUGGUCAGUUUUGGCCCCAAGAGUGCUUGGCAUCGCACUGGCACGAUAUGAUUUCGGCUCCAGAGAUACACGGGAACUCUCUCUGCAGGUGGGCGACCUGGUGAAGAUCUAUAUCAAGAGUACCAAUGGAUGGUGGAAAGGUGAAGUCAAUGGCCGGGUGGGAUGGUUCCCUUCAAGUUAUGUGGAGGAAGAGGAAUGACCAGUGAAGGAAGUUAUCCUCUCAAUGCUGCCACAGUGAUAGGCCACUGCCACUUGUUGGCUUUGGACUAGACACAGAACUGUGAACAAUGCACCCUUAUUUGAGCGAAGCACCACAAACACAGCAAUUAUCAGUCUUCUCUAAUGGGAUCCGGUGGACUGUGGUUGAGACCUGCAGCGUGAUGCAUCUGUGGCUCCUUCGGCUUUGACUGUUUAAUUAGUUAUGAAUGUCCCUCGCUGCUCUACAUUCAGUCCAGACAUCUCUUUCUCUUAUUCUAUUCCUCCCUCUCACCCUGUCACCUCCUGAAAUCUUCACACAGGUGCCUGGGGCCCCCCUCUUUCUGCCUGUUUAAAAUUUAAACUCCAUUUCUGAGCUGUGCCGGACCUCCCAUAAACUCAGAGUGGCACGCAGAGAGAAAAGCCCUGAGCUGGCCGUUUUUCCCCUCUAUUCUGCAACCUUUACGCAGUGCUCUUAGCUCACCUUGUGUUAUAAUAGAUGAUUGCCUUCGCCUGUCUGACUCUGCAGAGUUUGGCUGGGGCGAGACAGAGCAACGUGCUGUCACAAAGCUUUCCUCCUUGCCUCCUCUUCUUCAGCCCUUGUAACACUUACUGUAGCAGCACUGUGCGUCGACAGGAGAUCUGCCGUUCAGUGCAAUAUCCAUCUUAGCCAGUCUAAUGAACUGCGCUGUGAUCAGUCAAUGCCCUGUCUGUUUCUGAACCUCAGGUGCUCCCAAGCAGAAUGUUGGCACUUGUGAUUUUGGACUGAAGUCAAUUUCUUCUCUUGUCAUGCAAUGGAACGACUUGUUAAUACUUUGGUGUUUGGUGCACUAAGGGUCCUAGACUCUGCAAAAAAUAUUCAGCGAGGUUUAUGCAUGUUACAAAAAAAAAAAAAAAAAAAAAAAUGCCAAUGAAAAAAAAAAAAACACACUACCGUUCAAACAUUUGGGGUCAGAAAAUUAGAUUUUUUUUUAAAGAAAUGAAUGUUUAUUCAUUCGACAGUAAAGGCAUUUACUGAAUAAUUUUUUUUUAAAAGGUUUGUUCAAAUAAAUGUUGUUUUAUUGAACUUACUAUUCAAGAAUCCUGAAAGAUAUAUUGCAGUUUCCACAAAAAAUAUGAAGCUGUUUUCAAAUAUUGAUAAUGAUAAGAAAUGUUUCUUGAGCAGCAAAUCAGCAUGUACGAAUGAUUUCUGAAGGAUCAUGUGACAUUAAAGAAAACUUCUGAAAAUCAGCUUUGCAUCACAAUGGUUAUGUUACAUUUUAAUAAUAUUUCACAAUAUCACUGUUUUACUGUUGAUUAAAUAAAUGCAGCCCUGGUGAGAAUAACACACUUCUUUCAAAAAUGUUUUAACAAUCUUGUGACACCAAAACUGUGAACGGUAGUGUGUUUUAAGAUAUAUUGUGUGACAUUUUACUUCUCAGGUAUGUUUAUCUUGUUAUAAGGAUUUGUGGAUGUUUUUAAUGGAAAACAAGAUAAAAACACUGAUAUAGAAUAUGAUUUUUGCACUGUGAUAGUUAUAUCAGCUACCCUUGAAUUUGGCAGAGGACUUUCCUCACAGAUGAACUUGUUUAAAACAUUUUUUGUAAAGGAAGCUGUUCUCAAAAUGGACACACGUUUGUUACAAGCUGCUUUAUUUGCUAAAAUCUAGAUCAUAUAAUUGUCUUAGUAUAGAUAUUUACAGAAAUUUUCACUGUUAUGCUUCUAUGCAUUCAUGUUGUCUGAUUGUCUUCAGAAUAAGUGUUAAUUGAGACUUGUUUCACACUGUUUAGACUAAGUGAAUUUUUAACAUUGUGCCAUGUUUGACAAUUUGUGAGAAUUUACUGGGUAUAAAUGCAUACAGUAUCUUACUGGCCAUGGAACUAAUUUAUACUACUUUGAUUACAUUUUCUUUACCAAUUACAGUGACAUUAUUUAGCAGUUUUUUCCUUGAAUGUUAUCUUUUUCUUAGUUCUGAUAUUUUAGUGAGUAAUAUUCAAGCAAAAGUAUUUCUCAUGGCAACAAUACAUUUCUGAUGGUAAAUGUUUAAAGGGUUAGUUCAACCAAAUAGCAAAAUUAUGUCAUUAACAACUUGUGGAUUUAUGCUUAUUGGAGACGCGAACCAUUUCAAACGAUUCAGUUCGAUUUGGUGAACUGGUUCAAAAAGAUCCGGUUACAUCGAAUGAUUUGUUCGCGAACCGGAUAUUACGUUAUUAAUGACAUUAUUUUGCUAUUUGGGUGAACUAACCCUUUAACCCUUAUGGACAGGUUUGCAGUUUUACUUUUGGUGCUUUACUUAUUUAAAAAAAAAAUGAUGGUUGUUUUCUGUAUCCAGUGAUGAGAUCAUAUCCUCCAGCUAUACAUGUGCUCAAAUCUGUGGACAUUAAUACAUUAACAUUACUGUUAUUCAGAUGGUUUUCAUGUAAGUUGUAUCAUGUAACAUUUCAUGAAUGAAUGAAAUAAUGAAUGAAUGAAUAUAUUUU